AUGAAUAAUUAUAUUAAAUUAGAUGGUGGAUCAAAACUCUAAGAUUUAAUUGAAAAUAUUAGGAAAAUGGAUUCAACACUUUCUGAAGCUCUUAAUCAAAGAAAUUAUAAAUUAUAAAACAAUGAAUCAAUUUAAUAGGUAAGUUCAAAUUACAUUUUCUUUAGUUUGAUAGACAACUGGCAACAUAAAUUGACAAUAUUAAUGAUUCAAUUAAAACAGCAAGAAUUUUAUUAAAUUAAGCAUCUAAUAUGUAUACUAUUUUAAUCAAAUAGUUCUCCUAAUGAUAUUUAAAGAUAAAAAAAUUUAUUAGAUGAAUUUUAAAAUAAAUCUGAAAAAUUUAGAAAAGCCUUAGAAAUUAAAUAAGUUUUUAAAACAGUAUUAAUUCAAACAUUUAUAUUAAUAAUUAUAGGAUAACCCAGAAACAAAAAUAGAUUUUACUACUAAAUCUAACGUUGAAAUGGUAUAGAUGCAAAAAUAAUAUGUUCAAAAAUAAAAUGAUACCAUUGAUAAAAUGAUUGAUACUACAGGAAGAAUGUAAGUUAAUGCUAAGCAUAUUAAUUUGGCAUUAGAUGAAGAUAAAGUUAUUUUAAGAAGAUUGAAUGAAAAUGUAAAAGCAUUUCUUAUUUUAGGUUGAAUAAGCUACUCAUGAAAUUAAAGUUACUGAUUCAAAUUUAAAAAGCUUAUUAUCAUACACUAAUGAUUGUUGUUUAUGGACAACCAUCAUUGUAGAAUUUAUGAUUUUUGUUUUUCUUGUUAUAUAUUGA